AAGAAAAAGCAUUUCAACUGGAUCGAUACAAAAUUUUGAACUCCAAAUAUUUUUUUGUCAAUUUACAAGAUUUAAAAAAAUUGUUUGAAGAAGGAAAUCAGUUACUGAGAAUCGAAGGAUGUCUUUAACUUUCGAUAAUGCGCUACAAAAAAUUGUAAUGCAACUGAAGGUUCCAUCGAAAGAGCAUAAGGCCUUUCUCUGUGAUGCUACCUACCUAGCCGGCUGGAUCAAUAAGGCGCUCAAGGAGCGUAGAUCAAUGCUCGCCGGCAGUUUCAGUAAUUUGCCGGCAACUGCCACCUAUAUAUGCGGAAAUCAUAUAGACUUACCUGCCAACUUCAAUUGUUAUCUGCUGCUGGACUUGAGGUUUCCGUUCUACACAGAUAUAAAGGACGACGACUACAUCUAUUUGCACUCGGUCUUCAAGGAGCAGAUAGUCGGAGAUUCGUUAAUUUCGUCCGUCUAUCUACAGACACAUCUGCGCAACGAUUUGGACGGACUCUUGAAAACACAGCCAACGGUUAACUGCAAAACGGGAACCGGACGCAGCUACCAAUUAUGCUACCACACAACCAAAUAUCCAGUCAGUGCCCACACGAUUAUCGCAACCCAGCUGAAGGCGAAGAACAAUACGCGCAUUGUAUUUGAGUUUUUGGUAGCCAUUAAGCUGCCAAUAUCCAAGUAUCCCAGACCAGCAUGUGUCCCGGUGCCAGAGUCUAUGGCGAACAUGGAGCUGGGCUACUGGGUGGCGCUGCCCGUUCCUCAUUUCGACGUGAACUUUAACGGACACAGCUAUUUGGGCCGCAGCCAUGUCUGGCAGAAGGCGUCUCCUGGACAACGCCAGCGAUGGUGUUUGGUCGUGCGAUUGUUCUUUAUGAUGAGCAGAGGCAAUGGGACACUGAACACCAUCGGGAUUCAUGCGCUCAAGCACACGUGCGUUAAUCUUUGCGAAAAAUUUGGCGUGGACAAAGCUGAUCGACCCCUCGGCCUUAAGAUUAUGGACAUGAUGAUCACACACGGCACUCGAAAGCUGAGAGAAGUAUCCAACGCUAGUAGGAACGGGCAAAUCGUCAACUUGGAGAUACAUCCCGCCCUGCCUGCAGACUGUGCCAAAACAGACGUCAUGCUCACCACGAUGAAGGCCAAGAUGACUAAUAAAAAUGGCUGUGACAUGGAGAACUUACGGCUGCUAUUUGGACUAGCAAAGCAGAGGAAAUUAUAAACAUUUACAACUUAAUUGCUAUUGUUUUACAAGAACAAUAUUUGUGUAUUAUCUAUUGC